AACAAUAGCUGUACAUAAAUCUCACAAUGAAGAAAUCAGCACCAAGUAAGAAUACCUUAGUAGCUGCUGAGGUCACAAGUUGUAAAAGCACUUUUAUGCUAACGUUUGCAGUGCAAAUAAUUGGGAUAGAUGCUUGGCAAGACUCGGGUGAGGAACAACUAAGUUUAGGUCCCUAUCAGCAAGCGAUGAAACUGCAAUAUCAGUUAUAUCCUGGACAAUCUUUUGAGCUAGAUAUACUCAUAUGGCCUCACGUAGCUAAGAUUUGGUGUGGAAGUCAGUAUGGUUAUAUAAGAACGUGGCAAUUUUUGGAAGAACGUUGGCUAACUUUUUCUAUUCGACAUGCUUUUCCAGUUAGAGUUCAUAAUAUGAUAAAUCACAUUGUAACUGUUACAUGUACUAUGGGAUCUGGAAGUCUUGGAGCUAAUGCAAAGAACGAUAAAAAUUCUGAAGUACUAUUGCCACCGCUAAAAUUUGGAGAGCGGAGAUAUUUCGGACCAGUUUUAGAAGCUGAAGAAACUAACGAACAAUUUAUACAAAAAACUUUAUGGAAUCGGGUUCAGGAACAUAUACCUGCUUCUUAUUUAGACGGAAUUUUCGAUACGCCCUUUUAUACUACAGAUGUAAGACACCAAGAUACAAUAUUGUCUGAAGUACAAGAAAGUAUACUUAGUAAAUGUCACGCGGUUGAAGAUGAAACUUUUCCAGCUGAAUCUGAAGAUAUAUUAAUAAAUAAAGGAAAGGAUACCAAAAACCCCAAAGAUAAGAAAAAAGUAGUAGAAGAACAUAAAGAAAAAUUCGCAAUUUUUUUAUCCGGAGAUAAUAUACUAGCUGGAGCGGGAAGAAUCGUAGCCUUUGAAACUAUUGGUGAACGUCCACUUGAACAGAGUUCAAUCAUUGUGAUAAUUUCUAGUAAUAAUUUACCAGCCGAAGAUGACCUUCCGAUAAUAUUUGUGAAUGUAGAAACUUUGCAUGACAUCCCUAUCCAGGAACUUAAAAAGUUAAGAAUUUCCCAAAUUUUUACGCGCUGGAAAAUCGGAGAACAAAAACACGAUUCCAUGAAACAGAAUGUUAAAUUAUCAAAUAAUAUUCAAAUUAAUGACCAUCAUACAGUACCUCUACAGUAUUCUAAUGCAUCUGAAAUUACUGCAUUCUUUUUAGACAAUCCAUUUGAAAUACAGGAAAUAACUUUCUCAAACUUUCCUUUAUUUAAGAUAUGUGGACAUCAAUCAAAAUCAACCCAGCACAAUGGAAGUUUAUUUGGAAAUAAUAAAAACGAUCUCAAUUUCGGGUAUGCAUUACCUUCUAAGACACACAAUCCGAGGCUUGAUGAAGAAGUGGUAAUCGCUGUUACAAAAAUUGAUGCCAGCUCGUUAGCCAAACAAACUAACGGAUUUGUUAGAGGAGAGUUUUGUGUUUACCCUCUGAAAUCGUCUUUAGUAGAUAAAGAUCGAAAAGAUAAUUGCACAAAUGAUGUAAAUGGAAUAAAACAACCUAUUGAACCUGAUGCUAUUAUACAACCUUCGGUAAUUUUAAAAGCACAGAUGACUCUAGAUGCAUCAAUAGGCGUGGUUGGAUGCCGACCACAUAGGUUGACUCGUAGAUACCUGAGAUUUUAUUGUUGUGCUAGAGAUUCCCAGGCUUCAAAUUCUUUGUUACAAAAAAUUCUGGAAAUAAACAGAAAUGCUGUGGCAUCUGAGGACAUCAAUGAUUUGUUAACAGGUUUUGCUUUAGACACAAUCGAUGAAAUUGUAUUUUAUGUCGAAGGCCAGAAAGACGGGCCAAUUCUAAUAGUUGCGACUCUUUCUGAAUCCUAUCCUGAAAUGAGUUCAUUAUACUCAUGUUCAGAUCUUCACGUCGAUAGAAUUUAUACUGAUAUGUUAUCAUCCGACACGCCAUUUUAUGUUUUGAAGAUGUUAGUUCCAUUAAAUACUCUUUUAGCUUGUCCACAAGUCUACGUCAAGCCGUCAUUACCUUUGCCGACUAAAUCUGCAUUGUUAAAAAUUGGACGCUUGAUGGCAAGUAAAUUCAAUAUAGCUCCUUAUAAAAGUGAGAUGCCGACUAAUGAAGAAUUAAAUAGUUUUAGGCUUGAGUUAUGCGUCCCGUCUCGUCCACACGAAGAUAAUUUAAUUUCAGGAGCAAGGAACUAGUGCUUGCAAUAAAAUUAUUGAUAAUGUUUUUUUUUUAUUUAAUUUGCAGUACCUAGUUUCUCAAUUCGAUGGUUUGAUAUAAUUUUAAUUAGCAAUAUACGGUAUUUUAUUUUUCGGUAGCAAUAGUGCUUUUAGAAAAGCUCAAAUAACUUGAGCUUUCGUUCGGCUGUGUGGUGAUUAUCUAUGGUCGGAUAUAUUAGAUGCUAGACUUUAGAUAGUAAAAGUAGAGACUGAAACCGACUUCAAAGUAAUAAUUUGAAAAAUAGGAGGGCAAUGAAUUUCCAGUCAGCUCCGGGCGGCGAAAAUCAAACUAGUUAUAAACGAACUAUAUCCAAAGUAAAUAAAUAAAUUAUAAUACUUUCAAAAUAUUGCCUUUCUUUGAUUUGCUAACUAGCCAACGAUGACUCUAUUGAAAAUUUAAAAGCUUGACUUCAUGCUAAAUAGCUUUAGAGAAACUUUGACUCCAAUUGAUUUGUUCAUUACCCAAAAAUAAGAUUAAUGGCAAAUUCCUUUUAAGAGCUUACUGAAAUUGACGCAAGAGAAAACUUUCCUAAUUCAAUAGGCACGAUUCUACGAAAAACAAACACUUGGCUUUUAACUUAACUAGGUACCUAACUUCUUAACUAUUUAGGUAUGCACUAUCAUUGAGUAAUUGCCUCGUUGCCUGAACUCUUUGGUACAGUGGUUAGCCUAUAUGUCUUCGGACCACGAAGACCUGGGUUCGAGUCCUUGGUUGAGAUAUAACAAUUAAAUUAAAUUACAAUAAUUAAUUGGUUAACCAGUAAAGGUAUCCGUAGCAAUCUGGCAUGGACCUCAAAAAUUAAAAAAUAGUAAUUUUAUUUACGAGUAGGAAACGAUUUGUAGCUACAUGGCGGCUACGUUUGUACCAUAGAUACUGUACUGUAAAUUGUAAUGCGUUUCGCAACUCGUGCCAUUUUUCUGAGGGCAUAGAUUUACGAUUCGGUACAAGUACAUUAUAAUUCUAUGGUGGGGGUACCCCGUCAAUUCUUCAAUGAAGACAUUACCUAUCAGUCAUACAAUGGUUUUCUCGGAAUAAAUAAAUUAAUUAAA